CCGACCGGCUUCACUCCAACAACAGCCAGUAAGGUCGCUCGACAGGCACCAAGUGAAAGACUGAAUGCAAGUCAUCCUGAACACAGCAGUUUGUCAACAGUCGUGCUCUCAGUGUGUUUAUAUCUAGUUGUGAAGGUUGUAGAAUACUAUUUGCUCACAAGGCUGAUACAGCUAUUUUGUUUCAUUUUGACGCAGCAUAAACACUGUUUAUAAACCGUUAGCUUAGCAACCGACAGCCACAUGGAUCCUCAAAACAGCAACAUGAACGUUGAGGGGAAGGGGCUGCUUAACCACAGCAAGACCCUCCGACUGCACACCGGGAAUCUAGUCAACCGGAGCAGACUGAAGAGGAAGUGUCCAGGCUCUCCCAGCGAGGAGCUAAGAGACUGCAUCCAGGCCACACUGAGUGACUGGUUGUCGACAGCUAAAACUACAAAUGCAGACUUUCCAGAUACACUUGACUGCUCCAUUCCAGAGGCAACAGAUGCUAUCACGCCUGAAGAAAGAGAUGAAGUGAAAGUUUCAGUGAAGCUCUUCCUCUGUGAGUCGGACCAGUCAGCAAUCAGAGAUGCAGUAGAAAUGGCUUGCCAGACAUUGUCAGUGUCCCAGCUCGACUCUGUUAUCAUAGCACCUUCUGGGCCUGCGGAGGGCGACAACCAGACUUUGGCUCACCUGCAGCCGGCCUGGGAGGAGCUGGAGGCUCUGGUCAGGAAGCAGAAGAUCGCAGCCAUCGGCACCUCAGAUCUGGACAAAGAUCUGCUGGAGCAGCUCUACAACUGGGCCCAGGUGAAGCCCAGCAGUAACCAGGUGAACCUGGCCUCCUGCUGCGUGAUGCCUCCUGAUCUGACCGCCUUCGCCAAAGAGUUCGACAUCCAGCUGCUCACACACAAUGACCCCAAAGAGCUGAUGUCGGCAGCCGCAUUCCAGGAGGCAAUGCAGGAAGGAGCACCUGGUCUGAGCACCACCAACUGGAGGCUCGAUUGGGUCCUUCGCUACUCUGUUAUCGUUAAGAGCCGCGGCAUUAUAAAGUCAAAGGGUUACCUGGUCAGUGCGAGGAGGGCGAGCCCGUAGUACCCAAAACAAGAGGGAGAGGACGGUAGAAACACGGAUGAAGCCAUUUUCCUCAGUUGUCAUUCUCACACCGAAAGUUACAGCUUUGAUUAAUGGACACUGCAAGUCAUGAAGUGAUUAAAGUAAUUUAUCUUCCUGAUAUUCCUAGUCUCUAAUUCUGACAGAUGCACUUAGUUGUUACCAGUAUCUCUGUAAAGUAACACAAACACUUGGUGAAUCAUCACCAUCAGCAGCAGUGCUCUCGCAGCCAACCAGAAACAGCACAUGAUGAAAAUGUCAAUGGGAACCAUUGAUUGGAGGUUGCUUCAUUGUGUCUUGGUGUAAAGUGCCUCUCUACUGCCCCCCUCUGUUUUUACACUUACCUGUUUCCACUUGAUCUGCGGGAAGGCUGGUUUGAGUUUUGGUCUGAGUAAAAAUAUUACUGGUACUGUAAAUAAAAGAAAGGUUUUAACAAAUGUUUUUCUAGUUUUGAACAUAUCGAAUGUAGAUUAAAAAGAAGCUGUCAUAUAUCUGAAAUUGGGAAACACUUUUUUUUAAGCAUUUCGGAUAAAAUAAUUUUCAUUCCAUUAAUUUAGAAACAUGCUCAAAUUGAAACCCAAAUUCAGCGUGUAAUUUUUUUCUAUUUUUCAUGAUUACAUUUGCGGUAAAUGUGCAGCUGCAUACAUAGAAAUGUUUCAUUUAUCAUGCUUUCCAACUGAUUUUGUAGUUGCAGUGACACUUUUAAUCAGACCAUACACAGAAGAAUAAUCUGAGGUAGAAAAAAGCACUAUUAUGAGAUUAACUAGCAGGCUUUUGACCUUUAUAUGUUAUGAUUAUAGCGCUGUAGAAUCUACACAAACGUGCAAAUUCUAUUUUUAUGUUAUUAAAUACGACUGUUUUUCCAUCAACUCACUGUAAAAAAAAAAAACAAACUCAGUUUUAUCAAUAUAUUUAAAAUGCUAUAUCUGUAUAUUAUGAAACUGGCUUUAUUAAAGUGAUGAAAGUGUG